AUGGAGCUUCUGUGCGCGGAGCGCGUGAGUCCGGGGAGCAGCGAGGGUACGGCGCGUCCGGCGCCGGCGCCCCGUGCGGCCGCGCCGGACCCGGUGCUGCUGCGCCGCCGCGUGCUUGACAACUUGCUGCGCACCGAGGAGCGCUACGCCGUCACCGCCAAUUACUUUGGCACCGUGCAGACCGAGAUUACUCCGAACAUGCGUCGCAUCGUCGCCGAGUGGAUGCUAGAGUUAUGUGAAGACCAAGGGUGUCAAGAAGAAGUGUUUCCAUUGGCAAUUUCAUAUCUGGAUCGCUUUUUGAGCACGUGCGCUGUAAGCAAAAGCCAAGUGCAGCUGCUGGGCACUGCGUGCCUGCUGCUGGCAUCCAAGCUUCGUGAACCAGGCUCCCGUGCUCUGCCCGCCGAACUUCUCGUCUUCUACACAGCCAACAGCAUCACACUCACCGAUCUCUGCAGCUGGGAGUUAUUGGUGUUAUCCAAGUUAAAGUGGGACGUGGCCGGAGUGACAGCGCACGACUUUCUGCCGCUGUUGCUGUCGCGGCUGCCGCUGCGAGGUCGCGUCAACACCGACAUGGUUCACAGGCACGCGCAAACCUUUAUAGCACUCGCCGCCAGAGAUUACGAGUUUACGUUAUACUCGGCGAGUACACUGGCAUCAUGCAGCAUCGCGGCGGCGCUCAGGGGCCUCGGCCUCGACGGACAUCUGCCGCGUUUGCACGAACUCACGGGCAUUGAUUUGGAAUGCCUGCAAACAUGCCUUGAACAGAUAGAGGAGAUGGUGCAGGUGUUGAUGGCAGAGCGCUCCGCGGCUGUCCCAAACGGGCCGACGCGAGAGGCGGCGGGCUGGACGCCGCCACCGCAGGACAAGGCGCACAGUAACGCCGCUACACCCACCGACGUCAGGGACGUACACUUUUGA